CCUCUCGAUCUCUAUCUCAAUUAGCUAGUCGCACUGUCUAUCCUCUUCUCACCUUGUACCCUCCGGCUAUCGUCAGACUGGCUGAUAGCCUUACUACAGGACGUUACCUGCGGACCACCACGUCUAGCCUAUCGUAUCACAGCGUCUUCAUCUCCACAAAAACCUCCACAGGUGGUGGUGGCACUCCGACAUCUUGCUCAAUUUGCCUGCGGACAUUAUUUUCUUGACCACUUUGACCUCGACCGCGGCGACCUCUUUUCCAUCUUUGUGAUUCCCUCCACAUCCUCCCACCAUCGCCAGCAUGCGCACUGCAGCGGUGAGAGCUCUGCGCAAUGCUAGACUAUCUACCAAGGCCUCAAGGCCUGUGGCGAGGAACUAUGCUACCGUCAGAGAUCCCAUGCACAAAGAUCCUGUUGAACUAGAUCACAUUACACAGUUGCCCAAUGGCGUUCGAGUCGCUACAGAAUCACUACCGGGCCCCUUCUCGGGCGUUGGCGUCUACCUCGACGCUGGGUCUCGAUACGAGGACGACGCUCUUCGGGGCGUCAGUCAUAUUGUGGACCGCCUGGCCUUCAAGUCGACAAAGAGCAGGACUGCAGACCAGAUGUUGGAGGCGUUGGAAUCGCUAGGGGGAAACAUUCAAUGUGCUUCUUCCAGAGAGGCUUUAAUGUAUCAGUCCGCCACGUUUAACGCCAGCGUCCCCGAGACGAUCGCCCUGCUCGCAGAAACCAUUCGAGAUCCCUUGAUCACGGAUGAAGAGGUGGCACAACAACUGGAAACCGCCGAGUAUGAGAUUCAGGAAAUAUGGGCUAAACCGGAUCUGAUCAUUCCCGAACUAUUGCACAUGGCCGCAUACAAGGAUAACACCUUGGGACAUCCGCUUUUGUGUCCUCGAGAGAAAUUGCCCUACAUCACGAAGGGGCUUAUUGAGAAAUAUCGAAGCGUUUUCUACAAGCCCGAGCGGAUAGUGGUAGCUUUCGCCGGCAUUCCGCACGAGGAAGCUGUCCGUUUGACGGAAAAGUACUUUGGAGAUAUGGCCAAAUCCGAAAUACCAUCGCUAUCGCAGAAUGCAUCGCAAUCUACCGAGACAACCUCACCGCAAGCAAAUACACAGCAACAAGCUCCACCACAAUCUCCCACAAGCAGACUUUUAUCCAAGAUUCCCGGGUUCAACAGCUUCUCCACCUCAGCACCCCAUCAUGCAACUGUAUCACCACUCGAUCCCUCUCUCAUUCAACCUUCUCCUGAAUCUCUUCUCACGAUGCCAUCUCACUACACAGGAGGAUAUCUCGCGCUCCCGACGCUGCCUCCGCCGCCAAACAAAUUCACGGUGCCCCUCUCCUACGUUCAUAUCGCAUUUGAAGGCUUGCCUAUUUCUUCAGAAGAUAUCUACGCUCAGGCUACGCUUCAGACUCUGCUCGGUGGUGGUGGGUCGUUUUCGGCCGGCGGUCCCGGUAAAGGAAUGUAUUCUCGACUGUACACCAAUGUCCUCAAUCAGCACGGAUGGGUCGAGAGCUGCGUGGCUUUCAACCACAGCUAUACCGACAGUGGACUCUUCGGGAUUGCCGGAGCUUGUGAGCCCGGUCGAGUCGGUCACAUGGUGGACGUGAUUUGCCGCGAGCUACAGGCACUCACCUUAGAAUCCGGCUUCUCCAGUUUGAACAUCGCAGAAGUCAAUCGAGCCAAGAAUCAACUGCGAUUCAGCCUUCUGAUGAACCUCGAGUCGAGGCUGGUUGAACUGGAGGACCUUGGCCGUCAAGUUCAGGUUCAUGGACGAAAAGUCGGCGUCAAGGAAAUGUGCGAAAAAAUUGAUGCCCUUACGGUGGCAGAUUUGAGGCGGGUGGCCUCACAAAUAUUCACUGGGAAGGUGGACAACAGGGGCCAUGGCACCGGCGCACCAACGGUGGUUAUUCAAGAGGGGGAAGACUUGAGUGGGAAAAAGGUUAAACAAAUACCGUGGGAAGAUGUACAGUCGCGCAUUGCCAGAUGGAAACUGGGACGACUGUAGAUUUCUGGCUCCACCUCAAAGGUAUGUAUACUUCAGGAUUUUGUACUCUAUACUCUCUGGCUUCACAAAACGGGAGAACGUCAGAUGGGAAAUGUCCCGGAGCAGGACAGCGGUGUUUUGUUUCCGCUCCUGUUGAUCAAGAGAUUCUCAUCUUCGACCACGCUUCUUGUUUCUUUGGCCUAGUGGCUCUUGCCUAUUAUCGCGUUGCUCUUCGAAGCUGCCCGUUCGCUGCAGACUGGGCCUUCAUUCUACAGCAAGCGCAUGUCAGCUUCUUCGACCUUCGCAACAUUCUUCUAUUUGGCCAGCCCAACAUUCUACUAUUCCAACCUCAGUUGUCAUAUAUCCACUACAGUUCUGUUCGUUACAUGUCUUACUCCAUUUCGAUCACUCAACAUAACCAUUGAACUACACGCUACGUCAACAGUCCUCGGUUCUUUCAACGUGUCAGACACUGUCCACCAGUACAGCCUACAUUUCUGUGAUUGAAAUACGGAUCCUCCAC